AUGAUUCACUUGAAGAACCUGAGGCUCAAAAUAGAAGAUCAACUAAAACCUUUUCUCCCCCCCGAGAAACGCUCCGAACUUUUAGAUGAUAUUGUUUGUGAAUUACGAGACCGUCCAGACAAAAUACUAUCGCAAUAUUUAGAAUGCCCACCACCGCAAUGUCAUGAAUGUAUACAACCACCACCACCAUGCGAAGAAUGCAUACUAAUUCCUCCCUGCGAAGAACACUCACGCCCACCACCAUGCGAAGAAUGCAUACAAAUUCCUCCUUGUGAAGAACAUCCACACCCACCACCAUGCGAAGAAUGCAUACUAAUUCCUCCUUGUGAAGAACAUCCACACCCACCACCAUGCGAAGAAUGCAUACUGAUUCCUCCUUGUGAAGAACAUCCACACCCACUACCUUGUGAAGAACAUUCAUACCCACCACUUUGUAACGAACAUCCACCUUGUAAUGAACACCCACACACAUUAACUUGUGAAGAGUGCCCAUGUAAUGAGUACCCACAACCACAUGUACUGCCUUGCGACUGUGACUACAAACAUCCUCCACGACCUUGUGAGCCAUCACCUUGUACACCACGUCCACCACCUUGUAAUGGAGCCCAAUUUCCUGAACAGAUGGUUGCUGAAGCAGAUGUGAAAGUCGAUAUUGGUAAGAGUGAGGGUAAGGGCAAUGGUAAAGGCAAGGGUAAGGGCAAUGGUAAAGGCAAGGGUAAAGGCAAGGGUAAAGGCAAGGGUAAAGGCAAGGGUAAAGGCAAGGGUAAAGGCAAGGGUAAUGGUAAUGGUAAUGGUAAGGGUAAAGUUCCGAAAUAUUCCGAAACUUUAGGCAAAGAAGAUAUGAUUUGGAUUAGUCCAUACUUAAAUUCUAAUGAUGAAGAUGAUUCUAACUUUAAUGUGGAACUUGCAAAAGAAAUUGGUGCCUCGACUAUGCGUGCAGUCUAUGCGAUUGGUCUGGCAUUACUUCAAAUUGAUGCCUGUUGCAUACUAUAUGUAGCUUAUCGUACAUUUUUUCGCUGGCGAAGAAAUAAUAGAUGUUUAUCUAUGGUUUAUAAGUUACCAUUUUAUAUGGCAUGCUUCGAUUUCAUUAUCUAUGCUUUUCAAAGCUCCAACUUGCCGGAAUGUUCGAUAAUUUCUGGAGGUUUCUUUUUUGGUUCCAUAGCAAGUAUGAGCUUUGUUGGCUUAUCAUCAUUAAUGAGCUGGCUCAUAGUAUGCAAAAAAAUACAAAUUGAUUUAGGCCCAUAUGAUUACAAAUUAUUUAUUAUUCCAUUUGGACUCUCAACUAUUUUAACAGCUGUUUCUGCGUCUACAUUUGGCAAUGAUCAAUUUUGGUGUUAUACUCCUAAUGAAUUUAUCAUAGUUCCGAUUUGUUUAAUAGCCGUUGAUUUGAUAAUUCUUACAAUCUCCUUGUUUUGCUAUUUAAGCAUUCUAAGGAGAAUCACAGAUUAUGAUUUCCAAGAACAGUUCUCUCCUGCGUCAAGAAAAAUCAUAAGCUAUAUCUUAGUUUAUAUAAUUCAAUGGGUGCCUCUUGUAGUAUAUUUGGCUUUAGAUAUGGCAAAUGAAUUAUGGAUAUUCUUCCUUACAGUCGGUUCUAUUUCCUUGGGUGGUAUUCUCAAUGCGGGACGUUACAUUUUAAACGAAGGAUGGACCAAUGAUCCUAAUUCAUUCGUUGACCUUUCUUCUAAUGAAGAAGUACAUGCCCCUAAAUCUAUCAAAAAUACCGAAACUUUGCAGGAUUCUCAAAAUAUCUGUAAACUGCAAAUUUCUAUGUAUGAACGCCUCCGACAAUUUACCUACAACUUUAUUGCUGUG